UGAGCGGAGCCGCAACCGAGUGUCAGUUCACACCGAGAUCUGCGGACACAGGAGAUAUCUCCGAUCAGACCAGCUCGUAUCCCGCAGCAGACCGGCUCAAACCCGUUGCUUUUUCUUUUGGAAAUAAUACAUUAAUUAAAAAUAGACAAUCAAAUAAAUCAGCAAAGUUAAAUACUAAGAGGAGAAGGAAGAAGAAUGGGGCAGAAAACGCCAUUAAUAUUGAUGACUUUAUUGUCUUAUUGCGUCUGGAGAGAUGAGGCCCUGGCUAUGACGGAGGUGAAUGGACCGGUUAGUCCUCAUGUGGCAGAACCUCAGAUUGCCAUGUUUUGUGGCCGUCAGCUUCUACACAUGAACACUGAGAGUGGACAUUGGGAACCAGAUCCUCAGGGGCGACAGGGAUGCUUCACCCAGCCCAGCAAGAUCCUGUCAUACUGCCAGGAGAUGUAUCCAGGACUGCAGAUCUCCCAUGUGGAAGAGGCCUCCUCUCCAGCGACCAUCCCGGGCUGGUGUAAGAAGGGCUGGGGUCACUGUCAGACCCGCUCCUUCAUCGUGGUGCCCUACCGUUGUCUGGUGGGUGAGUAUGUCAGUGAGGCACUCUUGGUUCCGGAUCGUUGCCGUUUCUUACACCAGGAGCAGAUGGAUUCUUGUGAGAGCUACGUGUACUGGCACAACAUCGCCAAAGAGGCCUGCACAGCUGACAGUCUGGAGCUGCACAGUUAUGGGAUGUUGUUGCCAUGCGGUGACCGUUUCCGUGGGGUGGAGUACGUCUGCUGUCCUGGAAGGGCAGGAUCCAGUGGACGGGGAGAGACCGAGACUACAGACACUGUACAGGGAGAAACAACACCUUUCGUGUCCAUGGCUGGAGAAAAAGUGCUCACCAGUGUGAAAACGACGCCACCCACUCCCAGUCCCUCUCCCGAGACAGACAUAGAGGAAGAUGAUAUGGAGGAGGAAGAGGAAGAGGUAGUAGAGGAAGAAGCAGAAGAAGAAGAAGAAGAAGAGGAGGAGGAAGGCAAUGAUGAAGAUCCAGCUGAGGUAGAGGUAGCUGAAGAGGAGGAAGCCGCAAUGAAGGUGAAGGACCAAGAAGACUAUGAGUAUCCCAUUGACUCUCAUUUACAAGGCCAAGACUACAUGGACAACUUCUACUACGACAAGAACCUCCAGUCUGCCAAAGCCUCCACCCAGCCUCAAACAAGGACUGACAGCCCGCCCACUCCUCGUCCUACAGAUGGUGUGGAUGUUUACUUCGAGAUGCCGGGCGACGACAGUGAACAUGCCAGCUUCCUACGUGCCAAGUUGGACUUGGAGGAACGGCGAAUGAAACGCAUCAAUGAGAUCAUGAAGGAGUGGGCAGAGGCAGACAACCAGUCAAAGAACCUGCCCAAGUCAGACCGCCAGGCACUGAACGAGCAUUUCCAGUCUGUUUUACAGACCCUUGAGGAGCAGGUAGCGGGUGAGAGGCAGAGGCUGGUGGAGACGCACCUGGCCCGCGUUGUUGCCACCCUGAAUAACAACCGUAGACUGGCUCUGGAGAGCUAUCUGAGCGCCGUGCAGAGCGACCCUCCACAGCCGGACCGUGUUCUCCAGGCUCUGAAGCGUUACAUGGCCGCAGAGCAGAAGGACAGACGACACACUCUACGUCAUUACCAGCACAUUGAGUCCGCCGACCCUCAGAAAGCUGAGCAGAUGAAAUUCCAGGUGUACACACACCUGCAUGUGAUCGAAGAGAGGAUGAAUCAGAGCCUGGCUCUGCUAUACAAGGUCCCUGGCCUGGCUGAGAAACUUCACGACGAGAUCCAGGAGCUAGUGAGAACAGAGAGGGGGGACAUCAGCGAACUCAUGACCACUUCCUUUUCUGAGACGCGCACCACUGAGGAGCUGCUUCCUGCCGAGAGUGAAGAGGAGCGAGAUGACGAGGAGGAAGAAGACAGAGCUUUCCAGAAUCGCCCUUACCCACCACGCAUCGAUCCCCAGCCUAAUGAAAAGAAAGUUUCAUCAGUGGAUGAGUAUGACUACACCACCUCUGAGAGAGGACCAACUUAUGAAUAUGAGGAGAAGAUAAACACCUCUGUGGAGCUGAAGCAAGUGGUCUACAAGUCUCCAGGAAUCCAGAGAGAUGAACUGCAGCCGGAUGUUUUGGAGACAUUUAACCGCGGGGCAAUGGUGGGGCUUCUGGUGGUCGCCGUGGCUAUCGCUAUGGUGAUGGUCAUCAGCUUGUUACUAGUUCGCCGUAAGCCUUAUGGGACCAUCAGUCAUGGCAUAGUGGAGCAGGUCGACCCCAUGCUGACCCCCGAGGAGAGACAGCUGAAUAAGAUGCAGAAUCACGGCUAUGAAAACCCCACUUACAAAUUCUUCGAGCAAAUGAACUGAGGAGGGCUCUGCAGUCUCCAGGCCAUGCCCUCCUCUCUAGCCUCCUGUUUUUUGAUUGGGGUUUCCACUGCAACCCCCCUCUCCCUCGUACUGUAUGUAUGACUAUAUGACCGAUGUUCAAAAUGUACAACAAACCUGGCACGUAAAUAGGGAGUUUGUAGUAAAACGUUUGCAUACUAAUCUCUCAUCAGGGAGAGAGACUAAUAAGAGAAUCCGCAGAACUCCGAAAGCUCCUUUAUCCCCUGGUUUUUCCUUUCAUUCAUGAAGGUGAGGCCGUGCCGAGCAUGGUCGGCCGUUUUAAAAUCUUGGAAUCGUGUCACACUUUCUUUCAGAAUCAAUUUCAAAGAAGCUAAACUCGACCUGAGUGCUUUGUUUUUGUCGCUUCUAUUUUCAAAGCAGUUUAUUUCACGGUGAAACUGUGAUACGAAUGAAAUAAUAUAUUUUUUAGUUCACCGGAAGAUGUUUUGACCCUCUAAGACAACGUAGUUCUAGAAAUCAUUUUAGAAUAACCUGCUAGUCUCUUUCUGUUUGACUUCAGACAUAAAACGAACGAGGUUUGUAUUAGUGCGUAACUCAACCAUCCGACAUCCUAAUAGAUUGUUAGUCUCAAAUCACACAGAAUCAGUGUUUUAAAUGUAGGCUACCACGAACGCUCAUCGAACAAUACUACCCGAAAGCUUCGAAUAUUUUUCUGGUAUUGCUUCUUUAAAAGUCAAUUCUAAGUAAUCUGAAAUCCAUACGCGUAAAGAAAAGCAUGCAAAAUUUGGUGUAUGAUGCUAUAACGUACUUGUGUUGGUCCUGUUUCUUGCUUUUUGAUAAAAAUUAAAAAUAUCACACUGCAACAAUGACGUGUACAUAACUAAAGACGUAAUUAAAAUAGACGUUUCUAUCAUUAAUUUGUAUCGACGCAAUGUGUGGACGUAAAGAUGACCUUGUGCUGCUCACACGGAGAACGAAACAUUUCCUAACAUGGCUGAAUGAAAACGGACUGUUGUAUAAACCAGCACAAGAAAAUGACACAGUAACUUCUGACUGAAUGUAUCUUCGGUAGACAUAGGCUCCAUUCACGUCCCUCAUCACACAACGCGGCGGUUAGAGCAUAUGUUAGUUAGCUUAGCUAAUCGCUCCGUUUUCAUACAGUAGUUGAUUUAACUGCCGAGGGUUUGUGUUGUGUAACUGAAACUAGCGUCACCUCUGAAAAAAACUGACGAGAUGUGAUCCCAAAACUGGUUUAGCUUUCUGUAAGUCUUUAAAAUCAAGUUUGCUGUUUGUUUUUGUUUUUAUAUUAAAGGGUUAUAGAGUUGUCUGUCUAAUGCGUUUCUGUUUUAGUACAUGAUAGAAAUUUGAAAUCACAUUUUUGAGUGUCUGUCGCUGUGACACAAAUAACGUAAACCCAACUAUUACUGUUAGCCUGUUGUAGAAAGGACAUGUCUUGCUCUAAAUCGUUUUAUUAGAAGACCGAACAGGUUUUUGAGAAGUAAACAGCAUCAUCCUGUGCUUAUAUAUUACGUGACAUAUCAGCAGAAGUGAAACCAAAGUGUGGGCCCAGUACAUUUAUGUUUGUCAUUACUUCAGUCCAAAACUACAUUUUUAUACCAAACCAAACUCCGUCCCAUUAAAUCUUAGCUUAUAUUUAUUUAAAAUAAUAAUAAAUAUACAGAUUUAUUCUGGACGCAACAAACCUUUUGACAUGAUCAUUUGUGUCUGAAUGCAUUGCCUUUUUUUGUCUUCCUUUGUUCGUUCCGCAACAUUUUGAACACCUCUGAACUGAAUCCAAACCACAGAAGCAGCUUGCUUAACUGUACAUUAUUGGAGCAUUUGAUUGGAUAUAAGCUUCUAGAUGCAUUCUAAUAAGUUUAAGGCAUCAUUAGAUUUAUUAGACUUCGAAUUGUCUUAUUCAACAACUGGCAUCAGAUGCUCAUGGCACUUAAAAUUGACCUUAUGUUGUUUUGAUCACUCUGAGGUACAUUUAUGAAUUAUGAAUUAAAAUGUAGGACUCAUAUAGAUUUUGUACCAGCAUCAAACAGAUUUAGGAUGGUGUAUUCAAUAGGGUUUGAAUUUAAGUUCAUAAAUGUCUUCUCUUGGUUGAAAUGACCCUUCCCUCUUUUAUCCUGAACCAAUAGAAAUGUAAACGGAUGUUUUAACUGCUGCAUUAUUGCCUUUUUCAAUGCUGUGUUUUGGAUGUAAUUAUAUGUAUUUUUUAUUUAAGUCAAUAUUAAUUGGAGUUUGGGUCAUUUGCUAUAUAGAUUUGGACUGUAAACACUGAAAGGGUCUCAUGCUUGAAAACUAAACUAAUUAACUGAGAGCACAACUGUAUCCAGAUCAUCUGUUUCCAUUCAUCAGUACUUUAAAAUCUUUCCACAUCUUGCUGAAGAAUCAAUAAAGUGAAGGUUAUGAUGGAAAUGCAUUUAGCUUACAUCUAAUGUGUUGAACAUCCUACCCCAAUUUUAUCUAGCAAUCAAAUUACUAACAUAUAUUGAAGAUACAGAUUGAUAAUGUAAAAUAAUUACGGUGUAAUUUGGUGAACUGGUGCUUUAAGGAACUUGGCGUUAAGCUACUGAAACCAAUGCAGUGAAAUAAGCUGAUCUCGAAUUGUUCUGAAUUUCACCAAAGACGUGUUCUGGAUAUGAUUGGAAGGCCAAAUAAUGUGUUGUAUUUUAAAUUGACAUGUAUAAUAAGAGCAAGCAACCUGUGAACUGAUCUGGCUUGUUGUAUUUGCAUUAAAAUGACAAUAAAAUUAUAAAUGACCCACAAA